AUGCAGGCAGUCUAUAUGUACUUACCACCCUGGGCUGGUCUAGACGUCUCGACACACGCCACCCGUGUUGCCGGCGACAGCUUUGUUCUCCUCGCCUGCACCGCUAGGCCGUGGCGGGGUAUUCUCAACGAUGUUGAUUGCCGCUGGCUGGACCGAUUCGCUUACGAUGAUGACCGCCGACACGACGAUACGUACAUGUGCCAACCGCAUGUGUACAUGUUCCAGUCAAGACAAUGUUCUACAAUACUACUUAACGGGUAA